CCGUUGUCUGAGCGGCGCGUAGGAGCGUGCAGCCGCGCGGCCUGGGCCAGCUCUCGUACCGGAGGGGAGCAGCCUGUGUGCGCAGAGUGAGUGAGUGAGUGAGUGGACGAGUGUCGCGAGGAUUCGAAGCCCGAGCCAGCAAGCGACCAGCCUCAGAAGACUCGUCCCCCACUGCUUCUUCUUUCCACUCGCAUCGCAUCCCCAUACAGCCGGGGGCGUGCCAUGAGAAGCUGUGCGCCCCAUCGCCCGCACCGCCCGCAGACCGCCCGGAGACCGGUGUCGGUGUGACCGCGAGCAGUGACCACCGGUUUCAGGCCCGACCCGUAGCAGCCCGCCAUGGAGGUGAUUGCGGGUGACCUGGCGGACCUGCCGUUCCAGCGGCGCAACGUGGUGGAGUGGUCGCACCGGGACCAGCUGACGGGCGCGCUGGAGCGGGCGCGCCGCGAGACCAACCACUGGUCCGCCAGCACGGCCAGCGCCAUCCACAACUACAACAAGGUGGUGGACCAGCGCGCGCUCAACCUCGGCGACGGACGAGUGCAGCAGACCCAGCGCAAGCAGCUCGAGGUGUUCUCCACCCGGGUGCCCGGCGGGUCCAUGCAAGUCAUCCGCUCGUCGACCACCUCCUCGUCGCGCUCCACCGUCCAGCUGUCGCAGAUGGGCGCCGGCUCCUGGUCCACCGUCCCGGACAUGGACACCGCCUUCGGGGACCUGCAGCUGUCGCUGCACCCCCUGGACCUGAGCUCGGAGAAGAGCAAGGCGAGCGUGGGCCGCUCCAUCGGCUGGCGACGGCCGCCCUCGCGCGUGGCGCGCACCAACGCGGCCAACAGCGCGGCCAGCAACUCGGCGAGCGGCGCUGAACGCCAGGACGGGCCUAAGGAGACGCGCCUGGAGAUCACCGUCGAGGACGACAAGAGCGAGCCGAGCGGGCCCAUCAUCUCCUUCCCAUCGGACGACGACAGCAGCGAGAAGACGGCCUCCAUCAUCACGGCGUCGUCCAGCGUCAGGAACAGCAGCUCCAGGCACUCCAUCGUGGAGUCCAGAAAGAGCUGCUCCAGCGAGAACCUGGUCAAGGUGGGGGUCGACAUCAGCGACGCCCAGUCCGUGGACAGCGGCAGUUCGGCCAACGGGUUCCUCGGGCGAUCGUCGGUGCUCCGACGGUCCCUGCAGUACACCCGACCCCCCGACUUCCCCACGGGGACCAGCGUGCGAAGGAUGAGGGAGGAGAUCGAGGCGCGCGGCGGCGUCAGCAUCACGUCCGUGCCGACCUCGCCCAGCCCCACCCCGACCCCGGCCUCGGCCAAGGAGCACACCCUGGACAAGGUCAAGAGACUAGUCAGCGACAGCAUCGCCACGCAGAACCACUCGUUCGUCACAGUCAAGUCCCUCAACGAGGUCCGGGGCCGCCUGAGGAGCAAGGUGGCUGACGACGACGCCAAGCCCGUCAACGGCGAGAGCGAGGAGCAGCCCGCCACCGACACCCUGGUGAGCGAGGACCACGUGCUCCGGAGGGUCAAGGAGACGGCCAAGACCUCGGGCCCGCGCGUGCAGAGCUACGUGUUCGGCAUGGAGAACGGCAGGGGUGCAUCGACGGACAGGGCUGACUCCCCGCAGAAGGACAAGACCACCAACGGGGUGCGGUCCGAGGAGUGGCACCGGCGCCGAAAGUCCUACGGGUUCGAGACGGAGGUCCAGAACCAAGGGCUGCUGUCGCUCAAGGAGAGCAAGGAGGACUCGUGGAGCGACAGCGGGGCGACCCUGUCGCCGCUGCUCAAGCACAUCGACGUCAUCAAGCGGUCGAGGGAGGCGGGCAGGAUCCCGCGGCCCGUGAGCCUCUACGAGCAGGACCCCGCCAGGCUGGACAGUAACGGGGACGUGAAGUCCAACGGGCUCGCCGCGCUCAGGGCGGGCGACGAGCCGGCGACCAAGCGGACGGUCGUCAACAUCGUGGAGGACGCGGAGAAGGCCACGGACAUGGACAGGCGUCGCGACGUGCUGCGGCGGCGGACCGAGCGCGAGAUCAGCCGGCAGGCCAGGAGCGCGCGCAGCCUCACGGAGCCCGUCUCGGUCAGCAUCCCCAUCGUGGCCAACGACGCCGUCGUCGUCCGGGCGGAUGGCGGCGGCUCGCACGACGACCCGACACCGGAGCCCACCCUACUCAUCAACGGCUUCCACUACGACCAAUCGAGCAAGUCCCAGGAGACCAAGCGACACUCCAUCGCCAUCGUGGAGCAGGUGGACGACGACGACAGCAACGACAAGGUGGACGCCAACAAGGACGCCCCGUCGCUGCCGCGGCCGGCCGACACCUACCUCUCCGACUCGACCGAGGACGCCGGGCACGCGCGGAAGAAGCGGGUCGAGUUCAGCAAGACGGAGGUCCACUUCGCUGCCGAGCCGGGGCGCUUCAACCUCGUGUCGACCGACGACAAGCCGCCGCCGACAAACAUCGUCCGAGGACGCCGUCGGCAGAAGCUGCUCGCCGAACAGCGGAUCAACCGGAGUGGUCUGCCCGAGGUGCGUUUCGGCGACACCCCGCUGGAGCAGACGACCCUGGCGCCCGCCGACGGCGAGGAGCACAAGACCACCGCGGCCACGGGGGUCAUCACCGUCACCAUGGAGGGAAAGCUGUCCCCGGACCACCCCGCCGAGCGCCUGCAACCCACCAGGACGGUCGAGGCCGACGAUGAGAAAGCCAGGGGCUUGGUGAGGUGCACGGUGAGCGCCGAGGCGGAGACCCCCAGCGGCACGGCCGUCCCCAUGUGGAGGUCCACCGUCACGCUGAAGAACAACUCGUUCGCGAGUCCGACUGUACCCAGCAACGAAACGACGAACGACGGGCAGGCUGAAUUUCAAAGAUUGUUAAAGUCACUAAGACCGACAGGAAAAAGAGAGAGCAUACCAUCUGAAGUAACUCCUGAAGUGAAGAUCACAACACAUGCUCCAACUGUUCGUUCCAAAGGAUUUUCAACAAAGGUCACUUUGGUCCCCGAGACGCCCGGUGGCUUUGUGUCGGAACACCAUACCACACACAAGCAGCUGGAUUCGUCCGAACAGAAAAAUAUUCUCCAUAGUUUAAAAUUAAGCCGGCUCGCGCUGGAGUCUACCCCGCUGGUGCUUCUCGCUAACAGGCCUCGCAGGGUUGGCAGGGCCCGCCAGGCCCGGAGGCCGACCCCGGCCGAAGACGAGGAGUUGAGCGACGACUCCCUGCAGGCUGACGCUGAAGUGCGGUCCUACAUGGUAGAAAAGUCAAGCCUAGCCCACUUAAGUAUACGAGGUGUCUCGCCUCCAUCCCCUACAUCCUACUCCCCCAUCCUAGAUGCCCCACUCCCCAUAACCCUCACAGGCCCCUCGUACCCGACCCUCCUGGAUACCCGGGAGCAUCGUAGCCGCGAGCACCGGGACUCCGUCACCGAGGACGGGGACUGGCGCUACAGACACCACGCCUCCAAGGCCGAGAAGUUGGUGCAGCUGGACAGAGGCCUUGUGGAUCCCCAGCCUCGAACCGCCUCCCCGAACACCGUGUACAUCGUCCCCGAGCAAAGGAAGCAGAGCAGGUUCACCGACGUUGGGAGAGCAGGAUUGCGAACGCCCAGCCCGGUCCUGCCCAAGUCCUUCUCACUGGUGGACAGCGUGACCCGGAGGACGGACGCCGCGACGCAGGUCUCCAGGGACGACUGCGAGAGGACGGUGUCUGUCAGAGAGAUUCUGGACAGGCUGGCCGUCGAGAAGACCGAGGGCAAGGAGCGGAUCAUAGAGGUGGUCAGCCUGCCGACGAAGCAGGUCGCCGACGCGGCCCCGGAAUGCAGGAGGAGCAGUCCAAUGCACGACAAGAUCAACGGGGGAACCGCUCCUCCGCUUACAGACUCAGCUAUCUUUCGAGAGCAAAGACCCACCUCCCCCCUCGAGGUCAUCUUGUCCAGGAAGAGGUUGAUCGAGCGGGACGUUGACGGGGUGCAAGAGGGCCGAGUCCGGUCGCCGGGGCUCUCUCUGGCCGAGGAAGCGACACGUCCCCGGCGAGGCAGUCCCGUGACAAGGAACGCUGCCAACAAGGGGGAGCACCGAGAGUUCCACCACAGCAACGCGCCCCCGGGAGGCCACCACAUCGACGUGGUGGAGAGGUUCCUGCGGAGCGAGCGGGAGCGAAGCCACGUCGACCAAGUGCAGGCGCGGUGCCGCAGCCGCAGCCCGGACGGCAAGGGUCGCCUCCGGCCCAGUAGGGAAGUCCGGGACAUCGAGCGGCGGAGUCGCAGCAGGGAUCCGGAGGUCGACGACAGGAGCAGAGAGCUCGCCGAGAUUCAGGAGAAACGGCGACGAAGUCGGAGUCGCGACGAGAUCCGGGCGAGAGAGGCGCGCAGUCACGACACGCGGCGGAGGAGUCGGAGCCGCGACGAACUGGACGAGAGGGUGAGCAGUCCGCACCGCGAGGCGAGAUCUCGAAGUCGCAGCCAGGACGAGCUCGAGAUCGACCGCGGCCACCGACACCGCAGCGGCAGCCGCGACGCGCUGGAGCAGCGGCACCGGGAGCGCAGCCGCGACAAGAAGGAGAGGCACCGGAGCCGGAGUCGCGACCUACUCGACGCCACAGACAGACACCGCAGCGAGAGUCGGGAGGUGUUCGAGAUCUCGAAGCAGCGCAGCCGCAGCAGGGACGGCACCGAGCACAAGCGGGGCCACCACGACUCGGGGCGCACGAGCCGCAGCCGGGAGGAGCUCAAGGACCACGUCGGUCUCAACGGCAGCGCCGUCCCCAAAGCAAGCCCGGAGGACAAACCCGGCGACUGGGGGCGGUCGACGGAAGUGGGACACAACGGAAAGGAAAGGGCCCCGGAAGCGGCAGAGCGGCGCCACCGGUGCAAGUGCGCUGAGCGCGACGUAAGGGACGUCAGGGACGCCAAGGGCCGCGUCGCCGCCGCCGACAGGGCGGGUCAGAGGCAGGCGCACAAGGGCGAGCAGGCGCCCGCGCAAAGCCGGCGCAUCCGGGCCGCGGCUGACCAGAAGGCCGACAAGAUGGUCAGGAAGACGCGCACCCACGUGGCCGCCAUGGCCAGCCCCAUCGCCCACCUGGUGAAGCCGAGCAAGGACAGGGCCUCGUCUGCGACGGCGGCCCCCAGGCGCCCCGGCGACGUGCACCUCCUCAUGGAGCCCAUCAGGCCCGUGCGCAGGACAGCAGCCCCUGCGAAGCACAGCGGCAGCAGCAACCACCCAUCCACGGUGGCGAACGGCACACGAGCAGGACUAGCCAGGGCGUCGGCCCAGAGGCGUGGGACAACCUCGGACAGCAAUUCGAGCCUGUCCCAGGGGAAGGGCGCCGCCCCGAGCAGGCAGGGCGCGGAACCUCUGCGGGAGCGCCAGGAGCGGCCUGCGAGACGGAGCCACAGGAAGCACGCGCCGGGGGACUCUGGCCCAGGACUGAUGAGUUAAGUUUCACAAAAGACUUGUUAAAUCUUCUUACAUUUUGUUUUCUCAUGAUAACUCACAAUUAAGUAAAGUAAGCGGCCUCGCGACAGAGUCCGUGCCAUGCUCUUUGUAGUGAUACUUACAAAAACCCUAACUGUAAUAUAAAAUCUUAAGACUGUAACACCAUCAUCAAGGAUAUUUUAUUGGUCGAUUUGAUAUGUAAUUAUCAAUAAUUCCCAUCAAACAUUCAUACCAAAUUGUGUACAUUCGUUUUGUGGUUUAACCUUGCCUGUCAGGGCCAAGACUGUUCUUGAUUGGUGCCUGUAUGGCUUUUGUUGUACAAGAAAUAAAUUAAUUUGCUCAUUUCA